AAGAUGAGCGCUUCUUAAGCCGUUGUUUCCUUCCGCGUCAAUUUGGUAGGGACGCGUCUUAAUAGCAGUUUCCUUUUCGUCUCCAAUCCGGCAUGAAUAGGUCGGUUCUCUGUGGAUCCUUUGUCCCUGCCCUUCUUUCUCAAGUUGCAUCCUUGACUUUGUUUUAGAAUAACAGCAAGCAAAUGCCUGAUCGUGUCGUCUGAGUUAGCUGUCCCCUUCUCGGUUCCGUCUUUCUCUUGAGACGGCGCUUUCUCUACGACUUUGCUCACAAUGGUGUUCUUCAUCCUCCAUGGUUAUUCUCCUCUUCGGUUCCUCUUCUGAAUUGCAUUCACUCCUAUCAGCAUGCAGGCUUUUUUAGUCCUCCUUUUCAAUCUCGCUUUCGCGAGUUCCCUGGAUUUUAGAAUUAUUCACAGAUACUCGGAUGAGGCAAGGGGGCUCUUGGGUCUAGGAGAAGAGCCAGCUCCUCCGGUGAGAGGCAGCUUAGAUUACCACAGGCUGCUGCUCAAGCACGACCUGUCAAAGCACGGCCGAGAGCUGCUCACUGGCAACGACAGUCUAGCGCUACUGCAAGGCAAUUAUACUGAGGAUCUGGGACCGAGGUUCGGAGGAAUUCACUACACGUUUGUGGAUAUAGGCACUCCAAAUGUUUCUUUUCUGGUGGCACUUGACACUGGGAGUGACUUGUUUUGGGUUCCCUGCGACUGUAAGCACUGCCAGUCCGUUUCUCCAUCGGAGUUUCCCACUUUGAAGAAGAGGCUUACAUACUUCACAACAAACAGUUCGACGACCAACAAGCUACUCACUUGUGGCGACAAGGCUUGCUCCAGCAGCUCGUGCACCGGCAACUCCUCAGUCUGUCCAUACACGGUUAGAUAUCUUUCAGAGAACACUUCUACCUCAGGAAAACUAGUGGAGGAUGUGAUUCACCUUUUCAAGCCAUCGACAAGCUCUGCCAUUACUGCCAGAAUCAUUUUUGGGUGUGGGGAGCAGCAAACGGGAUUGUUUCUACGUGGUGGUGCUCCCAAUGGACUCCUGGGAUUGGGGCCGGGAGACGUGUCGCUCCCAAGCAUGCUCGCCAAAGACGGUCUCAUAAACGACACAUUUUCAAUGUGCUUUGACACCGAUGGAUCGGGACGGAUUCUUUUCGGUGAUCGGGGAGCUAAAUCGCAGCAAACCACUUCCUUCAUUCCAAACUCUGGCGUUAAAAGUGCGUACGAUGUUGGUAUUGAACAGUUUACUGUUGGCACGCGAAACAUCACUUUUAGAAGCUUCAAUGCACUCUUUGAUACCGGGACAACGUUGACGUACCUUCAGUCCGAUGCCUACCAGCGUGUGACAGAAGCAUUCGACAGCCAGAUCAAUCUCAGAAGAAUAACAAACGUGGACUUGUCUCCUUAUGAGUAUUGCUACCGAUUGAACGGCAACGAAGAUACAGUAACAGACAUUCCAGCACCAUCAUUGUCGCUAACAUUUCAAGGAGGAGGGAAUUUUUCUGUGGUAGAUCCUCUGGUGUUGGUCAUCGGCUCGGACAGUAGAGUACUAGGAUUUUGUUUAGCAGUUCUCGAGAGCAACUUUCCCAUCAUCGGCCAGAACUUCAUGGGAGGCUACAGAUUCGCUUUCGAUCGGGAGCGUUCGACGCUGGGAUGGUCGCCCGCCAAUUGCUAUCAUUUGGAAGACGGGGCAUCGUUCGAGCACACUCCAUCGCCGAUCAAUCAACCCGUCUCCCAGAAUCGAAACGACAACAGUCCAUUCCUCAAGCCUCCACAGCAGGAGGCCGCCGCGAGUUUUGGUAUCACCCAAACUUCCAGCGUUUUCGUCGUUCUAUUCUUCCUGUUCAUCCUAUUUUGAAAAAUUGGAUAUUCUAUCGAGAUUGAUCUAUAUCCGUUGGA